AUGGGCACUUAUAAAACUACUCUGACUGCUUUCACUGUCGAUGGCGUCUUCUUUCCCAAAAGCCCCAAAGAGCUCCUCAAUGAGAAGCAAGUCCACUCUGUGCCUGUCCUCCUGGGUUUCAACAAUGACGAGUUUGGCUGGGUCAUCCCCACGGAUAUACCCCUUGAAAUGACAGCCACCAUCAUAGAUGAAUACAUAGACAGAGACUCAGAUGCACUAGCCAAACGCCAUGGCUUCCAAGAAUUGAUGGCGGACAUAUUGAUCACCUUCCAGACCUUUAAUUUCUCAAGAAACCUCCGAGAUUGUGGGAACCCCACCUUUUUCUAUGAGUUCCAGCAUCGACCCAGUUCUUUUGUGAAGUUCAAACCGGAUUGGGUGAAGGCUGAUCAUGGGGCUGAGACUGCGUUCGUUUUUGGGGGUCCCUUCCUCAUGGACGAGAGCUCCCUGCUGGCCUUUCCUGAGGCCACAGAGGAUGAGAAGCAGCUGAGCCUCACCAUGAUGGCCCAGUGGACCCAGUUUGCCCGAACAGGGGACCCCAAUGGUCAGGACCCUGCCAGCCCCAUCCGAACCACACACACAGGGCAGGUGCAGGGGAGCCUCACCCACGUGAAGGGCACUGACGUGGGGGUCCACACCUUCCUGGGAAUCCCUUUUGCCAAGCCACCUGUAGGGCUGCUGAGGUUUGCACCUCCUGAGCUCCCAGAAUCUUGAAGUGGUGUUAGAGAUGGGACGUCCCAGCCAGCCAUGUGUCCUCAGGAUCUCACUUCAAUGAAUGAAGAGGCUCUGACCAUGUUCAACAUGACCAUGCCUUCCAUCCCCAUGUCCGAGGACUGUCUGUACCUCAGCAUCUACACACCUGCCCAUACCCAUGAGGGCUCUAACCUGCCUGUGAUGGUAUGGAUCCAUGGUGGUGCGCUUGUCAUGGGCAUGGCUUCCAUGUAUGAUGGUUCCAUGCUGGCAGCCUUUGAGGACGUGGUGGUGGUCACUAUCCAGUACCGCCUGGGUGUCCUGGGCUUCUUCAGUGGCACAAGUGUGUCCUUGCAUGUUGUCUCCCCCAUGUCCCAAGGACUCUUCCAUGGUGCCAACAUGGAGAGUGGUGUGGCCUUGCUGCCUAGUCUCAUGGUCAGCUCUUCUGACAAAGUCUCCAUGAUGGUGGCCAACCUGUCUGCCUGUGACCAGGUUGAUUCAGAGGCCCUGGUGGGCUGCCUGCGGGGCAAGAGUGAAGAGGAGAUUCUGGCUAUUAGCAAGACCAUUAAAAUCAUCCCCGGCGUGGUAGAUGGGUCCUUCUUGCCCAAGCAUCCUGAGGAACUGCUGGCCUCAGCUGACCUCCAACCUGUCCCCAGCAUCAUCGGGGUCAACAACGAUGAGUAUGGCUGGGUCAUCCCCAAGGUCAUGGGCAUGGAUGAGCCAAGGAAGGAAACAGACAGAGAGGCCUGGAAAGAUAUUCUGCAGAAAACGUCCCAGGUGUUGAUAUUGCCUCCUGAGAUUGGUGACCUGUUGUUGGAGGAGUACAUGGGGGACAGUGGGGAUCCCCAGACCCUCUAGGCCCAGCACCAGGACAUGAUGGCAGACUCCAUGUUCGUGAUCCCUGCACUCUGAGUAGCACACUCUCAGAGUCCCCACGCCCCUGUCUACUUCUAUGAGUUCCAGCAUGAGCCCAGCUUCUUCAAGGACAUCAAGCCACCUCAUGUGAAGGCAGACCAUGGGGAUGAGAUUUUCUUUAUUUUCAGACCCAAUAUGUGGGGCAACUACAGACAUGAACUCACUCAUCCUGAAGUACACACCAGCCUGGGCCGUGUGCGAGGCCGCCAGGUGGCCGUGAAGGGCACAGACAGCCAUGUGAAUGUCUUCCUGGGCAUCCCAUUUGCCCAGCCGCCCCUGGGGCCUGACCGGUUUUCAGCCCCACGCCCAGCAACGCCCUGGGAGGGGGAUAUACCCCUUGAAAUGACAGCCACCAUCAUAGAUGAAUACAUAGAUAGAGACUCCGAUGCACUAGCCAAACGUCAAGCCUUCCAAGAAUUGAUGGCGGACAUAUUGCUCACCUCCCAGACCUUGAAUUUCUCAAGAAACCUCCGAGAUUGUGGGAACCCCACCUUUUUCUAUGAGUUCCAGCAUCGACCCAGUUCUUUUGUGAAGUUCAAACCGGAUUGGGUGAAGGCUGAUCAUGGGGCUGAGACUGCGUUCGUUUUUGGGGGUCCCUUCCUCAUGGACGAGAGCUCCCUGCUGGCCUUUCCUGAGGCCACAGAGGAUGAGAAGCAGCUGAGCCUCACCAUGAUGGCCCAGUGGACCCAGUUUGCCCGAACAGGGGACCCCAAUGGUGAGGGGCUGCCUCUAUGGCCCCAGUUUGACCAAUCAGAACAAUACCUGGAGAUCAACCAGGUGCCACGGGUCAGGCAGAAGCCAAAGGAAGCCCGAAUGAGGUUCUGCACAGAGACGCUGCCUAGGAAGAUCCAGCAGUGGUACCAGAAGCAGAAGGGGAGGAAGGCCCCAGAAGAGCUCUGAGGUGGGGCCUGGACCUUCUUGGCUGGGGCCAAGCCAAAGGGUGGCAGAUUUCCACCCCCUCCCGGGCAGCCUCCUUCCUCCUUCCCACCUCCCACUGAGAGACUUUAAUAUGCAUCUGGCUGACCUAAGCUCGUGUCCUUGAAAGCAUCAACCACUGUAUGACUGGCAUUCUGGUAUUUUGAUUGAUUGAUUGAU